AUGUGUCGUGCAGUAAACAGAUCCAUCACAACAGAUGAGUUUAAGGCUCCUUUGGGUAGAGUUGGGUGUGAUACUUCAUUAUUGUUACUGGAAAGCAGCUUAGAAGCGAUAAAGAACGCUACAGGGGGCAAAAAGCUGGAUUUCAUAUUAAUCUCAGAUGAUUUCUCUGCCCAUGAAGUUAAUGUUGACGAACAUCACAUUCUUGAAGCAAUGACCAAGACAGCGAAUAUGACACACGCAGUUAUUGCUAAUAUUCCUGUAUUUCCUGUCGUUGGUUUACAUGAUUAUGUGGUACCGUUUAGCUUGCCAAACACCAGUGAUUGGUACCAAACUAUUUUGUAUCACUGGGAACCAUUGAUAAUUUGUGAUGGUUGCGAAGGCCAUGCACACAAAUCUACAACAAGUAACACGCUGAGAGAAACCUUCCUUAUGGGUGGUUAUUACAAUGCAAGCAUUGCAGAUGGGAAAAUGAUUUUAAUCGUUUUAAAUACCAUAUACUGGCACCACAGAAGCAAUCAGGACGAUCCGCAAGUUCGUAAAACUGCGUUAAAUCAGAUGACAUGGUUUGAAAGUCAACUAGAGUCUGCUGAUGGACUAGGAAAGAAAGUAUUGAUAACCAGUCACAUUCCACCAGGAGUGGAUGUUGAUGAACAUGAGCCAUUUUGGUUGCCCAGUUUUACAGAAAGAUACAUGGAUCUGGUUGUUGGGAAGUAUCACAAAGUAAUCGCUGGUCAGCUAUUUGGUCACAUGCACAAAGAUGACUUCAGACUUCAGACUCAGGCUUCAGACUUUGACUCCGUCUCUAACGACACAAGGAAAUAUUUUGCAUUGAUUGCUCCGUCUCUCAGUCCAGACUACAAGAGCAACCCAGCAUUCCGUGUGAUGACACUAGAUAAAAAGUCAAUGUCUCUUUGUGACUACAAUCAAUACUACAUUGACCUUGGUUUGACAAAAGUGUCCUUCACUCCUGUGUGGCGUUUGGAUUACACAUUCAGCAGGAAAUACCCGUUGUUUGCAAACAAGUCUAUGGAUGCCGACCAAAUCUAUAAACUAACCCAGGCUUUAAUAAAUAACGAGAACAAUGUGUUCUGGAAGGCUUACGCUUUUUCACGACAAGUUAACUACUGGCCCGAUUAUUAUCCCAGAGCAGUUCUUUACUGUUCCAUGCGAUAUGUCUUUAAAAACGAUUAUGAAAAGUGUCUCUUGAAAAUGCAUUUUUAA